UUAACAUGUACCACCACUUCUGUGAUUUCCUGAAUCUCUACAUCACUCAGCACGUCAACAAUUCCUUCAGCACGGACGUGUAUAUCGUGAUGUGGGACACGAGCUCUUACGGAUAUGGUGACCUCUUCUCUGAUACCUGGAAAGCGUUUACUGAUUAUGACGUUAUACAUUUGAAAACCUAUGAUUCCAAAAAGGUGUGUUUUAAGGAAGCUGUGUUUUCUUUGCUGCCCCGCAUGCGGUACGGGCUGUUUUAUAACACGCCUCUGAUCUCUGGCUGUCAGAACACUGGGCUGUUCAGAGCCUUCUCCCAGCAUGUGCUGUACAGGCUGAACAUCACUCAGGAGGGACCCAAGGAUGGGAAAGUUCGAGUUACCAUUCUUGCACGAAGCACAGAAUACCGGAAAAUACUGAACCAAAAUGAGCUGGUAAAUGCACUGAAAACAGUAUCCACAUUUGAAGUCCGGGUGGUUGAUUACAAGUACAGGUAAGCCAGGGCCCGGGCAGGUGCUCUCAUCUCUAGAUUGGACCACUCACUGAUGGGAACAUAGCGUU